ACAAAAAAAACAACACAAAUAGCCGCUCGGCCCAGCUGGCCACUUACAGAAGAAAUGAUGUCAUCAGCCUGCAGAUGAGCAUCAGAGACAUCACUGACUGAUGGCCUACCUUGUUUGAUGGUUCCCAAGUGACUUAAUUUUUUUGUAGCACAAUUGUCAACAUAGACAUUACAGACAGAAUAUAUCUGAAGAUGUCAGUUUUACAUUCUUUUCAAAGCUUUGUAAAACUGACAUCCAUCCUGUUGAUCUCUAUUUGGAGCAUAUUUACUUGUUUGAAAUUGAAAUAGCUUUAAUGGUGAGUUUUCUUUCUUUUUUCUCUUGUUUAUUGCAUGUCAGCGCAGAGCUUCAGAGGAUCACCACACUGAAUCUGGAGCCAAAAUUCAUGUCAAAGUUGGACUUCUCCUCCCCCAAACUGCAGUCCCUGUUCCAAGUAAAGAAAGGUGCUGCAGGAGAACGGCAUCGGGCUCGAAUGAGUGUACUACUUCAGAAUGGAAUCCCCAUUCAGCGAACACAAGAGAUCAUCAUCCAGUGUCUUAUUGAUCAUCUGGGAGAAGAUGCAUGUGCCUUGAUCAAGGAGUUUGAGGUGGUUGCUGAUGCUCCUGACGGUUUAGAAAAGGAGUUGACAGAGGAGGUCAUGAAGAUUUACUUGGUGCGGAACCAGGGACAAUCAGGUGAUGCACCUACUGAUGUAGGGAUUGUAAUUGAGGGCAUCAUUGUCCUUCACAGUCUUGGGGAUCUCAGCAGAGCCUGCUGUUAUCUGUUGGGACUGACCUAUGCUUUGGAUCCAAGAUACCCCCAGAAUCUUAAAUACAGUUUUGAGGUAUUCCAAAAAGUGCUACUGGAGCUGGAUCCUGGAAACCUUUCAACCAAGGUUCAAAGACUGAAAAAUUACCUGUGUACUUAGUUAACUACUGUUCAAUGAGAUGCUCUCACUAAUCUGGAUUUUGUCCAUUUUCAAGGUGUGCAUGUCUUAAAGUUUUAGUGAAAUACUGUGUUAAUCCUAAGAUGACAUGUAGGAAAAGUGUAGUGACGGCAAACAGUGAAAACUCAUUUAAACUUAUAGGUUGUCUUACUUGUAAGCAUCAAACAUUUUCAAACUGUCAGUGGUUUCCUGAUGGACAGGAGAAACUAGGUGCUAGUUAUUGUUAUUGGUCCCUUGAUUUUGCUUUAUGAUCUUACAUUUGCCAUUUUAUUUAAUAACUACUUGAUUUGAGAAAGGGUGAGAAGGACAGGACAUUGAUUUACUCAGUACUUGACAAAAAGAUGUUUUUUUCACUCCAAGUGAUCUGUUCCAAAACUUGCAUCAGAAUGUAGAAAUGUGCUCUUUGGUGUUUUAACAUGAUGGUAUAGGCCUGCCCAGUCAGCGCCACGGGGCAAUAACUGGCAGUUAGCAAUAGAGGUAGUUAUUAUUGAUGUUAAGUGUCACUUCAUGUAUUCUAGCCAUGUGCAGAGCUAAGUUCAGCCUGUUGCUCUUGAAUCAAAAGCAUUUUUUUUACCUGCACUUUGGCAACAGUAAGUGAGUGUUUUAUCCAUGUUUUAGAUGCCGCUGGCUAGCAUUAGUUUUCAGUGCACUGUUUUCAUACUGUGGAUAUUGUUACAUAUGUGAUUUGGAAAGCAAACCAGGUUGACUAUAGAUGCUAUUUCAUGUGUUACAGUAGUCAGUUCUGAACAAAUAAAGAUUUACAGCGGUUUUACUGUUAAACAUGUGUGUGAUUGUUUUAUGUAUAUUAUUUGGUGUCAUUUAACUAAAGAGUAAAUACAGCUAAAUAGCUAAUAUAGUAUAUAUUAAAUACAUAAAUUCACUUAAGACAUUUAGUAUAUGGAUGACAUUGGUUUUGUGGAAUAAAAGCCUAAUUUUCAGUCAUAUCUACUGAGCAUUCCAAUUGUAUUGACUCAGUCUUUUCAGUGGUUUUGACUUAGGGUUGCUGUUACAUUAACUUAGGCUUUUAAUUUAUCUACUUAAUUUUUUAUGUAAUGCUACUAAAUGUAGUUGUAUGGAGCUACUUGAAUUUUUAAUCACAUUUACUCAGAUUCCUAAAUUAUAUGUAAUCAAUUUCGGUGUGGAGUGGAUUACAAACAUGAUUUGUUUGUAAUCAC